UCCAUACGGAAAAAAAGUUGGCGGAACAAAAGAAAUGAAAUUGGACAAAAUUGUCCGAUCAAAACCAAAAAGAGGUGCGCUAAGCACAAGCUGAGGCGCGCGAAGAAGCUCCUUACUCAUUUAGCAUAAACCUUGAUUUUCAUUUAAAUUACGGUAUACGGCAGUAGCCGGCGGUACGGUAUACGUGGCGCGCUCAAUUGAAGUUUUCCCGAUUCGACUAGCGACUCGUGGGGCGCAGUUUUUAAUUGAAAUUUUAUAUGGUUCGAUUGGUGAACUUUCUCGCCAUUCUCCCAAUUCUGCCUAAGAUUUCUGAACAUUCUCGCCUUCUUUGAAAUUUUGUCUACUUUUUUAUAGAAAAGUUGAGGCAAAACAUUCAAUGAAGAAUCACACGAAGGCUGAAAAGAGAAGACAAUGAACAUUUGUUAUGCUGGAUUCUUACAAAGAAGCAUUGAAAAACGCAUUAAAAUCUGACCAAUUGAGCAUUGAAAAUGCUUUGGACUGCAUCUGAUUUGGUCAAUUUCAACCGGAAGAUUGCAAGGUGCUGCUGAAUAUUGGUUUGGACUGCAUCUAAUUGGCUCACUUUCAAGUGGCAGAUUGCAAGUACACUCUGGAUCGAGAACGGCAACAACGGACAACGCCUAGGGCACAUUUGCGAACACUGGAACAGCAGACAUCGACAUAAGGCUCCACGUUUUCCUGAGGCUUCUUCACAGAUUGGGAGGGAGUGAGGGACUUUUACCAGGAUGUGAAACAGAUUGGUUGGUUCGGAAACUGCCUGCAGGUAUACUUGACAAGGUUUUGGGGAGUUAUUUCCCGGGGAGGGGUACUUUCCAAACUUAUUUCCCAAAAUAGGGUAGUUCUAAACUUAUUUCCCGAAUAGGGGUACUUUUUCCUUGUCAGCGUGCCACGUCAUCAUUCAAGUCAAACCCGCCACAUCCACAAGCCAUGUCAUCAUAUGUAUCACUUAGGAAUAACAAAAAUUUGAGGUUAAGGGAUUCGAACCCACAUCCAAUUAAUUCAAAUUUUUAGCUUUCCACCACCACACUACAUUAAUUUCUUGUCUAAAUCUUGUAUUUACGUGUACUUCUAUUCAUGAUGUUCCAGGCUUGUUUAAUUAUUAUAAUAUUGUUAUUAUUAUUGUAGAUACUAUAAUUAUUACUGUUGUUAUUAUUACUAUUACUACCUCCGGUUUUUUUUAAUCUUCACAGUUUGACUUCACACAAAAUAAGGAAAGAAAUUUGACUUUACUGUAGAGUACACUGUUGAGGCACUGUUUGACACUGUUUGGCACUGUAGAGACACUGUUGAGACACUGUUUGGCACUGUUUUGAUGUAGAUUUCUUUGCCAAAAAAGGAAAUAAGGAAGUGUGAAGUUUAUUUUAGACCGUCCCAAAAAGGAAAGUGUGAAGUUUAUUAAAACCGGAGGGAGUAUUAUUUUACUUACUAUUAUUUUGAUUAUUAUUAUUAUUGUUAUUAUUAUUAUUAUUAUUAUAUUAUUAUUAUUAUUUUACUAUUAUUAUUAUUAUUGUUAUUUUGUUACUACUUUUAUUAUUAUUAUUAUUAUUUUACUAUUAUUAUUGUUAUUAUAACCAUUAAUAGUAUUAUACGAUAGUAUUUAUUAUAAUUAUUAUUGUUGUUGUUAUUAUUAUUAUAAUUAUCAUUAGUAACAACAAGAAUAGAAAUAGUAACAAUAUAAUAGUAAUUGAAAUAAUAAUCAUAAUAAUAAUAGGAACAAAAAAAUUAAAGUAAUAAUAACAACAGUAAUAACAAUUAUAGUAUCUUCAAUAAUAAUAAUACUAAUAAUAAAAUUAAUUAUAAUAAUUAAACAAGCAUAGAAUAAUAUGAAUACAACUAUUUCUAAAUACGCCAUUGUAUCAAGUAGCACUCGUGGUCUAGUGGUUGAAGGCUAAAAUUUUCAAUUGCAUGGGUGUGGUUUCGAAUCCCCUUAGUCUUAUAAUUUUUGUUAUUUUUUAAAUGAUAAAUUGGAUGACAUGAACCUUUGAUGUAGCUGGUGAAUGAUGUGGAAGUGGCAUUUGACUUGAAUGAUGACAUGGCACGCUGACAAGGAAAAAGUACCCCUAUUCGGGAAAUAAGUUUCGAAGUACCCUAUUUUGGGAAAUAAGUUUGGAAAGUACCCUCUCUUUCAUGUACCCAAUCGUAGAAGCUGCUAGAACUGCUGUUUUGUCCACAUAUUGGAGAGAUGCUUGGUACGAGCUUUCAUGUCUCGAGUUUGACUGGGACUAUUCAGAAGUUCUCCAUUUACACAACUGAGAAAGUAUACAAAUCUGAGUUUGAUGAGUUGUUCCUUUUGGUCACACACAAAGGAAUUGAUGCAAUCGGCAUUGAAUUAAAUUGGGAAGCUUUUCUGGAAUAUAGGCUCCCUUCUUGCAUCUUUUCAUGCUGUACUCUAAAGACGCUGGAUCUUUUUGGAGUAAACAUUGAACCCAUUAAUGCUCCUCUCAUAUUUCCCAAUGUGACUUCACUUUGCUUUAGUUGCGUUUGCUUCGGUGCUAGAAACCAUCAUCUUCAUGCCGUUAAUCUUCCUAUGCUUGAAAGUCUGUCAUAUGACCAAUGUUAUGGCAUCUCCCAUUUUAACAUGACUGCCCCAAAACUGGGUAGCUUAUCAAUCGCAGGAUGUAAUGAUGAUGAUGAUGAUGAUGAUGAUGAUGAUGGAGAUGAUGAUGAAAGAGAUGGCGAAGUUUGAUAAUGAUGGCAACGACAACGGAAGCAGGGGCGUAGCCAGGACACUGGGCUAGACUGGGCCAGUACAAAGAAUAUUAUUGGAAAAAAAUUACACGAAAUUUUUUACACUAAAAAUAUUGACAUUUUUCAGAUUUGGGGUGGGCCAGGGCCUAGCCUGGGCACACUUCAGAUUUGAGAAGUGUGCAAUUAUGGAGGAGCUGGUAUGUGUUAUUCUUGACUCAUCAACAAGAGCAGAAAUUGUCUUUGUGUAGGAAACCGUUUGGGAUAAUGAUGCCAAACAGAAGGAAGCUGUUUUAUUCUGGUCUUGUUAGAAAGCAUAUGGAUGAGUGAUAAUUAUAACAAUGUAGACGAUUGUUAUAGCUGUAAUAUGACCGAAGUGAGUUCUGUACAAAGCCACUGGAGCAAUUGUAUUUGUGAUUGUUAAUUGAAACAACUGCAUUUCAUA